AAAAAAUAUUUGAAUUUUCAAAUGAUUGUAGAACAUUUUGACAAAUAAACACAACAGCAACAAAAAAUAACUAAAAUAUCAAUAAGAUUCCACAAAAUCUCCCAAAAAUGAUCGACAUCGAUACAGUAAUCCAAAAUAUUGAAGAUAAAAUUCAUUUACUAGAAAAACUCAAAUUCGACGAUGAUCCCAAGAAUUAUUUGUACACUCCGAUCAAAGCCGUGACUAUAACAAGCUCAACAGACUUCAAACAGCUUGAGUGUCAGAAAUUUGUGAGAUGCACGCAAAGCAAUAAGUUGGUUCCUUUAGAAAAAUAUAGUGAUUCAGUAGUGGAAUUAAAAGACGAAAAUUCUGAGAAUUUUGAUAAUAUUCAAGGAACGGAAUCAAAGAUUCCAUCAACUGCAGUUGGUCAAGUGUCUGUGCAGCACAAGAGAAACUACAGGAGGAACUCGAUAGCUAAUUUUAGACAAAAGGUUCUUGGAGAUCAAAAAAGCAGCUCUGUUGACAAGAAACGAAGAAAUUCGACUAAAUUUGACUCACAGAAGUCAUCAGAAGUUAGCAGUCUGAAAAAUCCACUAGAAAAUGGCCAAGAAAAGCCAAAAAUUCGCUUAGAAAAUUCACAAAAAAACACAAAACAAAUCACAUCAAUAACAGCAACGACAAGUUCACCAUUAGUCAAUCCAAGAGCUUCCUUAACAUCUCAACCAAGCAAAACUACUCCCUUAACAAAACUUGACCAGCAACAUGCUCAAAUAAGAACAAAUCAAAUCCAAACCACAACAAAGCAUCCAAUUGGAUCCCCAAAGUUCAGCCGAAGCUACACAGAAUUUUUAAAUAAUUUAAAUAAAGACAUGAAAAUGUUUAAAGAACAACAGAAGAGAAAUGAGCCUUGUGACAACUUUCUGGGCAAAGAUGCAAAAAUAUUCGUUGAGGAUCCAAUUUCAAAGCUUGUUGGUAAUGUAAAGGAACCCAAGAUAACAGCUGAGAUUAGUUCUGAUAAUAAACUUGAUGCAGUUAAAAUUGCUGAAAAAGAGAAAGUUGCUGAAAAGUCUACAGCCAAGAACGUAGAAGCUGUCAAAGAAUCAAAGCCAGUUGACUCUAAGCCAGAGCCGAAGACAACAACUGCUAACAGUACCAACAUGACUGAAGCAUCAAAACCAAACAUCAUAAAGUUUCCAGCAUCGCUGCUUAAAGCACCAAUCUCCGGCAUGAAAAAUUUAGAGAAAGCUCCAAUACCUGAAUCGGAGCCAUCCAAAAACAUAUUCGAUAAAAUUAUCAAAAUUGCACCUGAAGAUGCACCAAAAUUUGAAACAAAGUCACUGAAUAAGAUUGUCAUGAGGAGGAUGACAAUUGACAGUGCAUAUGAUCAUAGGAGCUUGUUAAAAAUGAAGUUUGAUGUGACUCCUGACGCUCCAAGUCCUAAAAUCCAGAAAAUUCAACCACAAAAGUUGAAUGUGCCUAAAAAUAAUCAAUCAAUUUUAGCAAAAUCACCAGAAAAGCUACAAAAAUCCGAUUCAAAAAUGCCAACAGUCAAUCAAAGCCUGAUCCAUCAGAAAAUCAUCAGAUUAAGUCCACAAAAGCCUCAAACUUCAAACAUAAUCGACCCAAAACCUAACAAAAUGAUUAAACCUUCGCAAGUCGUGCUCCAAAGUUUAUUUGCUUUAAAGCAUAAGAUUCCCAGACGUAAUAGCAUUGGAUAUGGAGUUAAAAUUGAGACUACAGGUGAUAUCAAAAGAUUAAAACUGAGUCGGGAUGUUAAAAAGAGUUUGGCUGAUUUAGAGGAACUAAAGAAAGUUCAAGAGUCUUCAAACGUGGAGAAAAGAGAUCAAAAGAUUGGCAACAGCAAGAUUAAAAAGGAUGCUGUCAAGUUUGAUCUGAAAAAUGAAGGUUUCGUGAAUCCUAAUCAAAAUGUCUCAACCGCAACCAUUGACUAUGAGGAUGAACUGGAAAGUAUCUCAGCUUGUCAUAUUGACAAAUUGGCACCCAAAGGUGAUCAAACUGGUAAUGAUGUUAAAGAUUCUGUAGCUGUUGAUCAUAAAUCCAUCAAAAAAGUAGCAAAAAAUUUGAAAUCUAUGAAAUUGAAGGUCAAGAAAAGAACCAGGAAAUUAAAAUGUAACGAAAGUGAGCAUUCAGUUAAUGAUAAACUAUCAGAGCCUAAGAUUGCUAAGACACUUGACACGGAUUCUGAGCAAAUUAAGAAAAGAGUUCAAAAACUCAAUAAACAUCCAAAUGGUAAUGAAAAAUCAAUUAAAAGGAUACAAGGUAAAGAUGUGGAAAAGCAGUUGACUAAAGUUGAUCCGAAGAACAACAAUUUAGAGCAAGUUGAGCAGGAAGAGAACAAUCUGGAGCAAAUUACUCAUUCAGAAGUUAAUUCUGAAUUAAAAGAAGUUAAAAUUGAUAAGUUUGGUAAACAAGAAGAUGAUGGCAUCAAAACCACAGAUGUAGUUACAACAAAGACAAUGGAUAUAAUCAGAGAUAUUGAAAUUUAUAAAAAUCUAAUAAGACAGCAAUCAUCUGACUCACAAAACAGCAACAAAUCUGUUGAAAAUGACACAAAAAUUGACAAAACCGUAAUAAAAAAGUUAAGUGUCGAUAAAGUGAAGCUGAAAAUCUUUUCUAAUCCACAAAAGUUCAAAAAAUUCAAAAUUAUAAAAGAGCAAGUAAAAGCUCAGCCAGACUCCCAAGGUAUGAAAAUUCAACAAGAUCCUGGUUCCACUCAACAAAAACCUUACCAAAUCCAACAAAAAAUUGAACCACAACUGCAAUCCAUCAAUUCACAACCUCAAACCACCAACUCAUCAUCCCAAAAAUCAAUACAAUCCUCACAAAGCUCACAAAAAUCAAAACCAGAUGCCCCAACCAUGUUUGAAUCUCCACAGUCCUCAAACCCGAGCACACCAAUCAAUUCAAAUUCCCCACAACUAUCUAAUCAAGUCAAUCCUGUCAGCUCACAAUCAUCAGACUCUCAAAACACUUCAAACUCUGAAAAUCUCGGGAAAAGAAGGCGACAAAUCAAUCCAAAAUACAGCGAAUCUGAAUAUAUGCUCAAAAAUACAUCCAGAGAGUUCACAAAUGCAAUCAGAAGUAAAAUGAUGAUCAAUAAGCCGCAAAAAGCUUCAAAUAGGAAGCAAUCAACUAAACCUGAAGAUCAAAAUGCUGAGAAAUUAGAAGUUACUAUUGAUAACUGUGAAACAACCAAGCCUGAAGAUGUUCCUUCAACAUCAAAGCAAUCAGAAAUACAACAAGAACCACAAAUCCCGUCAGCAUCCCAAGAAAUAAAAUGCAAAAUUUGCGAUAAAGCAUUCGUAAAACCAAAAGGCCUUGCACGUCACAUGCCACUCCAUUCUGGUGAUCGUCGAUUUGGAUGCAGUAAGUGUGACUAUAGAUUUACACAGCGUAGUGACCUAAUGCGUCACAUGCUGAUACAUGAAGGAUCUCCAAACAUUCCAUGUUCAAAAUGUAAUAAAAAGUUUCGAACAUCAAAAAAUCUUCAAGCACAUUUGCAAACUCAUGAAGCUUCACUGCCUUAUAAAUGUAAUCAAUGUGAGGUUAGGUUUAGGUCCUCAAAGAAUUUGAAAUAUCAUCUUAUGUCACAUCAUGGUGGAGUUAAUUUCCAGUGCGGAUAUUGUGGAAAUAAAUUUUCUGACGAAAAAAGUUUGAGGACUCACGUGAUGGAGCAUGAAAAUGAGAUCGAAGAUUUGGAUGAUGAGGAAUUAGAAGAUUAUUUAAACUUUAUGGAUGAUGAGGAGGAAGAAGAGCUUUUGGAUAGUGAUGCUGAGCCAAUGGUGAUUGCUGAAUAAAUGAUUGUUUGACAGUAAAAUGCUGAAAUAAUUUAGACUUUUCUUUUUAUACUUUAUGUUAAAUUUAAUUUCUAUUAAACUUUAAUAAAAUUAAAAUAAUUGAAAUUAAGGUUUUCAAAG